AACAUGGCGGGCAGACUGGGCCGGUUCCUGAAGGAGGCCUGGGCCAAGGAGCCAGUGCUGGCCGCGUCCUUCGCCGUCGGUACCCUGGCUCUGCUCGUGCCCCCCCUGAGCCCCUAUACCAAGUACGCAGGCAUGAUCAACCGUGCGACCCCCUACAACUACCCCGUUCCCGUCCGAGAUGAUGGCAACAUGCCUGGCAUCCCCAGCCACCCCCAGGAUCCCCAGGGGCCUUCUCUCCAAUGGCUGAAGAAUCUGUGAAUCCUCCACCUGCCCCCUGUCCCCCAAUAAACAUCCUGUCUUCUC